CAUGCCGGGGAUGGACACAUAGGAUAACAUGCCGGGGAUGGACACACAUAGGAUAACAUGCCGGGGAUGGACACACAGGAUAACAUGCCGGGGAUGGACACAUAGGAUAACAUGCUGGGGAUGGACACACAGGAUAACAUGCCGGGGAUGGACACAUAGGAUAACAUGCCGGGGAUGGACACACAUAGGAUAACAUGCCGGGGAUGGACACAUAGGAGAACAUGCCGGGGAUGGACACGUAGGAUAACAUGCCGGGGAUGGACACGUAGGAUAACAUGCCGGGGAUGGACCCAUAGGAUAACAU